UGCUGGUGCUGGGGAAAACGGACCUGGAGGUCUUUGUCUGCAGUGUGUGGCUGCUGUUACCUGGACAGGGUUGCACACCUGCGGCUCUAUUUUUUCUCUGAGCGCUCAGGGACGAGCAGUUUGGCCUUUUCCACCGUUGGCUAGAUUUGCUUGUAUUGUUUCUAGCCACUGCUCAUGUAAUGCACUCCCUUAACCAGGAAAUUAAAGCGUUCUCCCGGAAUAAUCUCAGGAAGCAAUGUACCAGGGUGACAACGCUAACUGGAAAGAAAAUUAUAGAAACAUGGAAAGAUGCCAGAAUUCAUGUUGUGGAAGAAGUAGAGCCGAGCAGUGGGGGUAGUUGUGGUUAUGUGCAGGACCUUAGCUUGGACCUGCAUGUUGGUGUUAUUAAGCCUUGGUUGCUCCUUGGGUCACAAGAUGCUGCUCACGAUCUGGAUACUCUGAAAAAGCACAAGGUGACACAUAUUCUCAAUGUUGCAUGUGGAGUUGAAAAUACUUUCCUCAGUGACUUUAUAUAUAAGAGUAUUUCUAUAUUGGAUCUGCCUGAAACCAAUAUCCUGUCUUAUUUUCCAGAAUGUUUUGAAUUUAUUGAACAAGCAAAAAUGAAGGAUGGCGUGGUUCUUGUUCAUUGUAAUGCAGGAGUUUCCAGGGCUGCUGCAAUUGUAAUAGGUUUCCUGAUGAAUUCUGAAGAAAUCUCGUUCAUCAGUGCUUUUUCUUUGGUGAAAAAUGCAAGGCCUUCCAUAUGUCCAAAUGCGGGCUUCAUGGAGCAGCUUCGUACAUACCAAAAGGGCAAGGAAAACAAUGAGUGUGACAACAUACAGGAAUUAGAAAAGGGUGACAGUUCAUGAGUUACAUUCCAGCAGAUAAUGGACAACUGUAAUUUCUGAACUGGCCCCCACAGCCACCUGUCCCCAUUUUUGAAGAGUAGACUAGUAAAAACUUCCUUUUGUCUUGCGUUUUUCAAGUGGAAGUGGAGGUUAAUUGAUUGUCUUGAGCUAGUGUACAAAUAUGUUUUUAAAUCAUGUCAUGUUUUCCUUGGUAUUAUAAUGUGGGAUUGGAUGCUUCUUUGAUUUGCUAAGAGGAAAUAAUGUAUUACCAAUAAUUAGUUUCUGUAGAAGAAAAAGGUUUACAUUUGAAAUCUUUAUUAGAGCAUGAAAAGAUUGAAUCAGUUGAUGAAGACUUUUAGUAUUUUUCUAUGCCAGCAACCACUUCCAUGAAGGGAAAAACUUGAAGUGCUACUUGACUUACUAUUUCAGAGGGAGGUAAAUUUCUAUGUAAAGAAUUUGGGAUUAAAAACUAAUAUCUUAAACCUCCCAAAAGAGAUAACCAAAAUCUGAAGGUUGACACAAUAUUGGCAUACUUCGUUUUAUUGCGCUUCACUUUAUUGUGCUUUGCAGACGAUUUGUAUUUUAGAAAUCGAGAGUGGUAACCCUGCAUCAAAGAAGUCUUUGGGCACCAUUUUCCCAGCAGCAUUUUCUCACUUUGUAUCUCUGUAUUGCAUUUUGAUAAAUCUCACAAUGUUUCAAAUUUGUUCAUUAUAAUUUUAUUUGUUAUGGUGAUCUGUGAUCAGUGAUCUUUGAUGUUACUGUUGUAAUUGUUUGGGGGGUGCCAUGAACCAUGCCUCUGUAAUAUGGUGAACUUAACUGAUAAAUAUUGCAUGUGACGUAACUGUUCUACCAGUUGGCCCUUCCCCCAUCUCUCCCUCUUGGGCCUCCCUAUUUCCUGAGACACAACAAUAUUGAAAUUAGGCCAAUUAAUAAUCCUACAAUGGCCUCUAAGUGCUCAAGUGAAAGGAAGAGUCGCAUGUCUCUCACUUUAAAUCAAAAGCUAGAAAUGAUUAAGCUUAGUGAGGAAGGCAUGUCAAAAGCGGAGAUAGGUCGGAAACUAGGCCUCUUGCGGCAAACUGUUAGCCAGGUUGUAAAUGCAAAGGAUAAGUUCUUGAAAGAAAUUAAAAGUGGUACUCCAGUGAACACGCGAAUGAUAAGAAAGCGAAACAGCCUUAUUGCGGAUAUGGAGAAAGUUUUAGUGGUCUGGAUAGAAGAUCAAACCACCCACAACAUUCCCUUGAGCCAGAGCCUAAUCCAGAGCAAGGCCUUAACUCUCUUCAAUUCUAUGAAGGCUGAGAGAGGUGAGGAAGCUGCAGAAGAAAAGUUUGAAGCUAGCAGAGGUUGGUUCAUGAGGUUUAAGGAAAGAAGCCGUCUCUGUAACAUAAAAGUACAAGGUGAAGUAGCAAAUACUGAUGUAGAAACUGCAGCAAGUUAUCCAGAAGAUCUAUCUAAGAUCAUUAACGAAGGUGGCUACACUAAACAACAGAUUUUCAAUGUAGAUGAAACAGCCUUAUAUUGGAAGAAGAUGCCAUCUAGGACUUUCAUAGCUAGAGAAGAGAAGUCAAUGCCUGGCUUCAAAGCUUCAAAGGACAGGCUGACUCUCCUGUUAGGGGCUAAUGCAGCUGGUGACUUUAAGUUGAAGCCAAUGCUCAUUUAUCAUUCUGAAAAUCCUAGGGCCCUUAAGAAUUAUGCUAAAUCUACCCUGCCUGUCCUCUAUAAAUGGAACAACAGAGCCUGCAUGACAGCACAUCUGUUUACAACAUGGUUUACUGAAUAUUUUAAGCCCACAGUUGAGAACUACUGUUCAGAAAAAAAGAUUCCUUUCAAAAUAUUAUUGCUCAUUGACAAUGCACCUGGUCACCCAAGAGCUCUGAUGGAGAUGUACAACGAGAUUAAUGUUGUUUUCAUGCCUGCUAACUCAACAUCUAUUCUCCAGCCCAUGGAUCAAGGAGUCAUUUCAACUUUCAAGUCUUAUUAUUUAAGAAAUACAUUUCGUAAGGCUAUAGCUGCCAUAGAUAGUGAUUCCUCUGAUGGAUCUGGGCAAAGUAAAUUGAAAACCUUCUGGAAAGGAUUCACCAUUCUAGAUGCCAUUAAGAACAUUCGUGAUUCAUGGGAAGAGGUCAAAAUAUCAACACUAACAGGAGUUUGGAAGAAGUUGAUUCCAUCCCUCAUGGAUGACUUUGAAGGGUUUAAGACUUCAGUGGAUGAAGUAACUGCAGAUGUGGUAAAAAUAGCCAAAGAAUUAGAAUUAGAAGUGGAGCCUGAAGAUGUGACUGAAUUGUUGCAAUCUCAUGAUAAAACUGUAAUGGAUGAGGAAUUACUUCCUAUGGAUGAGCAAAGAAAGUGGUUUCUUGAGAUGGAAUCUACUCCUGGUGAAGAUGAUGUAAAGAUUGUUGAAAUGACAACGAAGGAUUUAGAAUAUUACAUAAACUUAGUUGAUAAAGCAGCAGCAGGGUUUGAGAGAAUUGACUCUAAUUUUGAAAGAAGUUCUACUGUGGGUAAAAUGCUAUCAAACAGUAUUGCAUGCUACAGAGAAAUUGUUCGUGAAAGGAAGAGUCCAUCAAUGCGGCAAAUUUCAUUAUUGUCUUAUUUUAAGAAAUUGCCACAGCCACCCCAACCUUCAGCAACCACCACCCUGAUCAGUCAGCAACCAUCAACAUCAAGGCAAGACCCUCCACCAGCAAAAAAAUUACGGUUUGCUAAAAGCUCAGAUGAUGGUUAGCAUUUUUUAGCAAUAAAUACUAUAUUUUUAAAUUAAGGUAUGUACAUUGUUUUUUUUAGACAAUGCUAUUGCACACUUUAAAUAGACUGAUGUAUGGUGUAAACAUAAUCUUUAUAUGCACUGGCAAACCACAAAAUUCAUUUGACUCAC